CAUUCCAUCAAUACAUACACGAUUCAAUCAAUCAAAAUGCAUGCUUCCAUCUACCUGCCUUCAACAUCGUUCCUCCCUUUGCCAUCUACCAAAGCCUCAAGUCUCUCAAAUACAUUAUUGUAUACUACUACACUUACCAAAUGUCAACUUUGUCAAACAUCAUCGUCUCUCUCAAAUUCAAUCAAAGCAGCACCAUCCGGCAAUAAUUCUCAGUUUGAUUACAGCUCCAUGGCCUCAUCAGUUUUCCCAGCAGAAGCAUGCGAGACUCUAGCUGGCGAUGCUUGUGAUGUUGAGAUGUUCCCGGAGACCGAGAUCAAACAACAACCCAACCCCAAACUUGAUCCUCCCACUUCAGAACAAGUUGAUAGAGAGCAUCUCGAGUACAGUAGUCCCAACACAUAACGUCGAUAUUUUAUUGCAGAGGCUUGCGAUGAUCUUGGAGGGGAGUUCUGUGACCCGGCAUAUCAGAGUGGAGUUAACUAAACCAACAUCAGUAUUUAAUUCUCAAUAUUGUAAAUUAUAUAAUCAACUGUGGGAUUUGUCAUCUUUUGAUAGGUAGAUUCGACUUACCUUCAUUUUCAUUAUACAUUUUUAGAAGUGCAAUAUUGGGCGGAAUCGAUCAGUUGAAAAAUGAGUUCACAAAACCAACUAAUAUUUUAGUUCAACAAAUUACAAUUCCAACUGGGUUCUUUAUAGGCAUAAUAUUAAUCCAAAAAAGUUUUGAUAAAAAGAGAACUAAAUAAUAAGUGGAUCCGAUAGAAUCGUUCAACCCUACAAAAAAAUUAUAUACAACGUGGAUCAUGUAGUAGUUCACGGAGUAGAUGUUGCACAAAAUGUUAAAAAUAAGUAAAAAUAGACGUGAAAUCAAAUUCAUAAAAACAUAAAAUCGAGAAGAUUGCAAAUAAUCAAAAAACCAUAGUGUCGAAGAGCUAGGCCAUUUUCGGCUCGCUGGUUACUAUACUGCUGCUUCUCAGCCACCACUUGCCUUCAGUCUCUCCUCAAUCGUGUUGUGUUGCGCCCCCGACUCAUGGCGUUCUCCCUCUCUGGCUCUCAUCCGUCAUCACAUUGCCAACUAACGGUUAGUUCUCGACCUCUCACAGCCUUAUUUCUCGUUUGUGUUCCUGCCCACCUUCUUAACUUUCUCCACCGACCGGCUCAUAACUAUGAAAUUUUGGGGUAUAUCACUUUUGUUAACCUAAUUUUUUAUUAGGGGUGAGCAAAACCAAACCUGGAAACCGAAAAACUGAAAAAAAAAAAAAAAAA